AUGAGACCGAUCAAUUACCUACCGAGACCGGACCUUUUGGUCUCAGUCUUUGCCUCCGUUUCAUUGUAUGGUGCCGUGGCCAUGGCCCAAGAUACCAAGGAUGACCCUAAGAAUAAUGAUCCCUCUGCUGUUCCUGAGCCUGCUUCAGCGGCGACCGAUUCGAAGAAUAGCGAUGCCAACAAACCCACCAAUACAGCUGCUGAGUCUGCCAAAGAGAGCAGCGACGACAAGAAAGCUGAGCCAGCUAGUACUGAAACGAAAGACAGCGCGAAGCCUGCAUCAACGAAGGACGAGCAGCCUUCGAAAACGGAAGGAAAAGAAGAGCCCAAGUCUACUGCAAAGGAUGACUCUAAGUCUACCGAGGAAGAAAAUCAGGCCAGUACGGCGACAGGAGAGGGCCCAACCAAAACUAAAGACAUUCAGUCCACAAUCACAUCUAUAGCCUCUUCUGGCACGGAAGAAGCUAUGCCUACCUUGACAAGAUACAAGCCAAUUCCUACUUAUCCAGCUCCUUCUGUUCCUCCCACUAACAACGCCCCUUUCAUGCGGCACUCAAGCGCCCCUGACGGAACCGUCUUUAUUGCGGUUGGGGCUAUCCUUGGCGCUCUCGGGCUCGCCAUCCUCCUCUGGCGUCUUAUCGUUGGCAUCCUCCUUCAUCGGUCUGUAGAGCGAGCAGCCAAGGCCCAACAUGACGAGAACGCAAAGACAGGCUUCCCCGCACCCCCUGCGCCCUUCUACAAAUAUACUGAUACCAGGUCGACAAUGUCUCUCUCUGCUGGUCGCGGCGUGCGGCGAACCACCCGUGGACCUGUUCUAUCGUCAACCCCUAGCGCCUCUAAUCUGUUCUUCUCGCCAACUGCCGCAGCAUCAGGCAAUGGGGCUGGCAAUCGUGGCUCUGCAUUUUUACCAUCUGGCUUUUAUGCCGCUGGCACCAGCUCUCCUGGUGGUCAACAUGAGAAUGAUAUCGGAAUGACCAACUUGCGCCCUGAUUCUCGCGGUCACUUCGGCACUCCUUCACGACAUACCUUAAAUCCAAGUCCUCCGGAGUCACCUUCAUUCCAUGGCCGAAGAGAUAUCAGCAACUCAACUCUCAAUCUCAAUCGACCACCAAGCCAACGCGCCCCUAGUGCAUUCCUUGAAGAUCUUCUCGCUGACGACCCUUCGAGUCUUCCACCUCCACACAUGCCUGCCUCGACUGCCAGACGCUCAUCGUAUGGCAAUGGCUCCCCUGGCGCGCACAACCGGAUCUAA